AAUAAAUAAACAGACACACACUUCUUCCUUUAUCUUUUCAUCCUCCACUUCUUGCUUUCUCUCUCUCAGCUUUAGUGACGCAAAUUUCCACCAUAAACCACCCAAACUUUAUCAAAAGAAAGAAAAGAAAGAUUAAAAGAUCAAAGCACUAUGGUUUUCUCAUCUGUUCCAGCCUUUCAAGUACUGGAUCCUCUCAAUUGGCAAUACCAACCACCAGGAGGAUCAGUAUCGGAUAACAAUAACGAUGAUAGCAAUCACAACCACCUCACACUACCACCUAUGCCUCCGUCUCACGGCCUUCCAAUCGGGCCUAAUUCAAUGGCAGAGAGACCUAAGUUAACAAAGCUUCCACCUCAAGAAACAGCCUAUAAAUGCCCGCGUUGUGCAUCCACCAACACGAAAUUUUGCUACUACAACAACUACAGUCUCUCACAGCCAAGGCACUUUUGCAAGGCCUGUCGUCGCUAUUGGACUAGGGGCGGUGCACUGAGAAAUGUACCUGUCGGUGGUGGCUUCCGGAGGAACAAGAAAAGUAAAAGAAUUAGGUCAAAGUCUCCGAUUACAUGUAAUAGCUCAGCAAGUGGAGUUUCUUCUGGUAGCUGUACCACGAACAAUAUUUUAGGUCAUUCAGCCCCUUCAAUUUUACCACAAUUUCCUUUGUUGCCCUCGAUGAAAUUCACUGAGAUUCUUGGAGCUGAGGAUAUUAACAGCUUGAUUUUCCGGGGAAUUCAGUCCCCAGCUGCCGCGUCUGGUGAGUAUAGUGAUCAAUGGAGAUUGCAGAAAUCCGCUGUUGCGCCUGGAGUACUGGAACCAUUAUCAACAGGAGUGACGUAUCAGUUUCGAGGUGAAGGUCUAGGGGAAGCUACCACCAGUCAGCAUGAUUUUAAGACAGCAGACUAUUCUAGUGGCCCUUCUCAAGCUGAGUUGAUAAAAUUUGGAGAAGAUCAAGGAUUCAUGAGUUUGCCGAAGAACGUUUUGGAUUUUCCGGGGAAUGAACAACAAGAGUAUUGGAGUUCUGUCUAUGCAUGGAAUGAGCCAAAUGGUUUAAAUCCUUCUACAGUUCAAUUCCCAAUGUUGAAUAGUAAGAUGAUCACUUCAGAUUCAUCAGCUUUUUAUGGUGGGAGAUAGGUGUCGUCAAAGUGGAGUAUUCGAGUAAUUAAUGAGGUUCGGCCAUGCUUGAAUACUACUCUACUCUCCCUUAAUUUCCUUUCUCAAAGCUAGCUUCUGGUAAUUAUAAAGAUCGACAAUAAAAGCCUAUUCUCCAGUACACGCACUCUCCUUUAGAUUCAGCACUUCUGUGCAGGGUAAUAACAUAAAUUGGGACCUCAAUGUAUCCCAUGUUUUAGUGUUCGAUUAAUUUGCAUUUUAGCUUUCCUAAGUGAGAACUGAGAACCUCAUAUUCA